AUGUCGGACAAUAAGGUCAACCAACAAUGCCGAACAUAUCUUUUCGGCCAUCCGCUGCACCAAUCCCUUGCGCCACUCCUGCACUCAACCAUCUUCAAAAGCCUCAAUGUUCCGUGGACGUAUGAGCCCAUCGAUUCCAUAGACAAGAACGAUUUCCUCCCGAAGCUCAAAGCGGACGACUGCAUUGGCUCUGCCGUCACAAUGCCACACAAAGUGACUUGGAUGAAGGAGUGCGAUGAGGUGACUGAGGAGGGCCGGGCCAUUGGGGCCAUCAAUACCAUCUUCAUCAGGCGGGACCUUGAUAGUGGCGAGAAGAGGUAUAUCGGAACAAACACCGACUGCAUUGGGAUUCGCGAAGCAUUUCUCAACAACUAUCCGGACAUUCUCUCAAAAAGUAAGGGCCACCCGGCUCUGGUAAUUGGGGGUGGAGGAGCGGCUCGUAGUGCCAUUUACGCACUCUACAAGUGGCUGGGAGCCUCUGAGAUCUACCUCGUGAAUCGCGACGAAGACGAGGUAGUCGGCAUUGUCUCGUCAUUUUCCGGUGUCGAUGGAGGGCCAACUUUGACUCACAUCUCAACAGUUCAACAGGCUGCACAGCUUAAUGCCCCAGUACUUAUUGUAGGAACAGUGCCAAAUUUCCCUCCUCGCUCUGUGGGAGAAGUCACGGCCCGGAAUAUCACGCUUGAAAUCCUGCGGAAAGAGUAUAAGGGAUAUGUGCUGGAGAUGUGCUAUCAUCCUGAAAUAGUAACUGAGUUUUACAGUCUGUCUCAGCAAGAAGGCUGGGCGGUUUUGCCAGGUACAGAGGCCAUGAUAUACCAAGGGAUCGCUCAGGAGGUCCUUUGGAUGGAACGACCGCUGGAGCAGAUGCCAUUCGAGGAUGUCAGAUCUGCUAUCGCAGAUGCGCUUUCAAGGAGAUCAUGCCAGGCCGAAAAAUAA